AUGGAGGGCCCUAACGGCGAGCGUGUGCGUGGCACGGCGCUCUUUGACGGGGCGGCUGGAUCGGGAGUACUGGACAGCACGUGGUUUGCGGCGCGGAGACACAGGCUGGGCAACGUGUCCAAGCCACAGAAGCGGCUAAGGAUGGCAAAUGGCACCACAAUAUCGUCGUCUGCACACUGGGAAGGAACCGUUGACGUUGGCGGUAUCAAAGUUCGAGCGGAGUUCGAAGUGAUCGACUCGGGAGGGGCCUGGACCAUCCUGCUCGGGAAACCCAUUCUGCGGGCGCUGCGGGCGGUUCAGGACUUUCGAAAGGACACUGUCACGGUGUCCGAUGGGGCGAGCAGAUCACUGCUGUUCAACGAAUCGAGUGCGUGUCGACCUACACGAGAUGCACCUAAAGGAGGGCACCGGGGAUUGGGGCGAGAAGCCUCUGUGGGGGAUGAGUUGUCUGCAACCUCCCCCCCGAGGCGAGUAGACCCCGUGCUAGACCCCCAACUUGUUGAUGCAGAGUCAACAGGAACACACGACAUGGACCCUGGAAACCGGCAAGGAGGGAUUAACCCGACGGAGAGCGCCACGCAGGGCAAGACACACCUGGCAACGGGCCGUGAAACCCCAGAGGGGGUAGAGUUGUGCGCAGCCACCCCCGCGAGGGGAGUACAAGCUGCUUGCUCAUUGCGUUUGAGGGCAGCUGACAACCUUUACGAGGAAGAGAACGUGAACGGGGACGCUGGUCUAGAGGCCAUGAAUGAUGCUGGAACCAGGGAUGUGGGUAUAGAGACGAGGGGCAGGAAAGCAGAGGAGAGAGGAGAGCCCAUGGCACCGCGGCUAGCCGCAACGGGGGAUGACUUGUCCGCAAUCUCCCCCGCGAGGCGAGUCUUGCUUGAUAUCCUUCCGCGUUGGUGGAUAGCUGAUUACCCUAUCCAUGGCAACGGCAAAGGGCGCAAUAGGCGAGAAGGAAACGAAGAGUGCUACGCAAACCUGCCCGUGUCUGAGACGCAUGUGGCCUUCGAGGGGGUCGAGUCGUACGCGGUCACCCCCGCGAGGCGAGUCCCACCAACCAUAACCCCUGUGAGCAGUGCUGAUGCAUUUGUGCUCGAAGCGAGCCUGGACAAAAAGACCCUGUUCACACGCCUCACAAACCCAUUCAUGACAGAGAGGGUCCAGAAAAUCGUCGAACUUGUCGAGAUUGGGCCGGAUGUGUCCACAACAGAAAGGGAGACCGCCCGUGCACUGGUUAAGGAGUACGCGGACAUCUUUGCGCUGGCGGUCAGCGAAGUGAAAGCAGUGCCCGGUCGGAAAUACUCCCCGAAAAUCCCCGAAGGCCACGACUUUGGCACCAAGACCGUGAAUCAGCGCCCGAUGUCGCCGCCGCAACUUGCGUUCCUUACGAAGCAAGUCGACGAAUUAGUUGCUGCUGGCAUCCUCAGACGCAUUGAUGCCAAGGACGUUCGGUGUGUGAGCCCAAUCACAAUGGCGCCGAAGGACCAACCAGAUGGUAUCUGCUUGACGGAGUUGCUGCAUCAGUUAAACGACCAGUGCGUUGACGCGGGAUUACCCUCGCUAGAAGGACUUCCUGCCCGACAGGCGCAGGACAACACCAGCCGACGUGGGAAGCCAGUUCGUUGGCGAGUCUGCCACAACUUCGCCGAGAUCAACAGGGUCUGCAAAGUUGUCCCGUUCCCACAAGGAGAUAUCCGAGACAAGCAACGCCGGCUGGCCGGCCACCGAUAUGUAUCCACGUUCGACUUCGCGUCCGGGUUCUUUGCCCUAGAGGUUGAGGAGACAGCCCAACCUUACCUGUGCAUCUUCGUUCCUGGCCGAGGAUACCACGCAUACACGCGCAUGCCGUUCGGAGCAACGGACUGUCCGACCGAGUUUGGCGACACGGUGGCAGAGAAGGUGCACGACCUGACAUCCUCCAUGGUAAUGGAGAUAUUUGUCGAUGAUGGAGGCACGGCUGCGGAUUCAUUUGCUGACAUGAUACAACGACUACGUAUCAUCUUCCAACGCAUACGCGAGUCAAGCCUCUCGCUGUCGCCAUCGAAGACUAGGCUUUGUAUGACGGAAGCUGUCUUUGCCGGAUCGACAGUGGGACCACAAGGCGUCUCGCCAGACCUCCGCAAAUUGACCACAAUCAUCCAAUGGCGCCAGCCAGAGACCGCGGCCGACCUGCACUCAUUCUUGGGGUUAACGGGCUACUUUCGAGAUUUGAUUCGAGGAUACUCAGCUGAAGAAAAGCCAUUACGCGACCUGCUUUCGAGCCUAGUUCCUUCGGGCGCGAGCAAACGCAUCUUCCGAGAGAUCAUGCGGAGUCAGAAGCUUGCUCAUCUGUGGACGGAUGAGCACACACGCUGCUUCUUGCGCCUAAAAACACUGCUUACCUCCGGGCCGGUUCUCAGAGCGCCGCGCUUCGAGAACACGGACAAAUUCCCCUUCAUCAUCACAACGGACGGGUGCAAGGAAGGGUUUGGAGGUGUCCUCGCGCAGGAGAUGGAAGUCUCCCUUCCGGGCGGGAAACAAGUCAUUCGCCGCUUCCCGAUUGGGUUUGCAUCCAAACGCACCUCAAACGCCGAGUCGCGGUAUGCCCCACACGUCCUGGAGCUGGCGGCCAUGAAGUUCGGCUUCGACCAAUUUGACGACAUUGUAUACGGGUUCCCGGUUGUCGUAGAAACGGACUGCCGUGCGAUCCGCGACGUGUUGGCAGGCGGGAAGCUGAGUGCAUCACAUACGCGGUGGCAGGAGGGCAUCUUCGGCCACAAUAUCGUUGCUGUGAAACACAUCAAGGGUAGCACUAACGUGGCAGCGGACCUGAUCAGCCGACAGUAUGAAGGCAAGCACCGGGUGGAUGGAGACGGCAGUGGGUGGUCCGUGGCACCGGACUGGGACGGCAGAGCUGGUGUUGUCAACGACCUCUUCGCAAUUGAUAUUGUUAGCGGUGCAUGCCAGACCUCGGGGGAUACGAGCCAGAGCCAAGGGGUCGCCGUCAUGAUGCUGCCCGAGGGCGCAGCGGCCCUACGAACACGCCUGUCCAGCGAACCACUAUUCCUCGAAGUCUUGGACGCGAUCCUCGAGUUGGACGGACACGCAUCGUCCGACACACGGAAACGAGCAAGGCAUCGAGCGAGCAAAUACUUUGUGCAGGACGGCAAGCUGUGGGUUCUCGGAGGUGGCAGCAGCAUCAGAGCGCGAUCCCGGAGGGAGUGCAUCACUAGGAAGGAGGCGGUUGACAAGGCCGCAGAGAUCCACGCUGAGCAUGGCCAUUUUGGGCGUGACGCCGUGAAAAUUGCACUGAUGGACCGUUUCCAUAGCCCGGGGCUGGACGCAUCGAUCUUGGAGGCGAUCGCAGACUGCGGCCGUUGCAAAGCGUUUGGGCCAACGGCCUCGUAG